AGCACAUUUCCUGAGAGUGAACGUGUGAGGAAGGAACUGAGCAGCCAUCUCAAAACCAAUCCUGCCUACUCUCUGAGCUUGGAGAUGCUGAUGCCCUGGCCACUUUCUUCUGCUGAUAGUAGACCUGCUGAAGACCUUUGGACCAGCCGCUGAGCCACCAUGAUCUUUAGGCUCCUUUCCCUUCUCUGCCUCCGGCUGUGUGUUGGGCAAACAGACAUUCCUGAAAGUGGGCCUCCUCCCAAGCCCAGCCUCCGUGCCUGGCCCAGCACAGUGCUUCCCACCAGGAGCCACGUGACAAUGCAAUGUAAGAGCCCCACCCCGAGUAAAUACUUCAUUCUCAAAAGGGAAGGUUUCGCUUUGAAUUCUGUGAAGCCAUAUAAUUUGACAGAGGAGACGGCUGAUUUUCAUAUCACCGACCUACGACAGAAUGAUGGCGGACACUAUACCUGUGAAUACUAUAGCAAAUGGCCCCAUGACACACUGUCACGCCCCAGCAAUGCCCUUUUCUUGUUGGUCACAGGAUACUUACCUCAGCCCUCCUUUCAAGCCCACCACCGGGGUACAGUGACUGCAGGAAGCAAGGUGACUUUGCAGUGCCAGAAAGCAGGCAGUGUCCUCGGACCCGUGAAGUUUGUGUUACUGAAGGUGGGACGCUCAACUCCUGUGCAGACGAGGAGCUCAACAGGAAUGGUAUCAGACUUCUCUCUUGAGAAUGUGACAGUCAGAGACUCGGGGGAGUACAGCUGUGUUUACUAUCAGGCAAAGGCUCCCUAUCGGGCCUCAGGGCCCAGCAAGCUGCUUGAGAUCUCUGUGAUAGACGACCAUCUGCCUCAAGAUCUUGCUGCCUCCUCGACUUUCCCACCGCAACUGACAGCAACCUCACUCCAGACCCUGGAUACAAUGACAGAAGGCUACACUAUGGGUAAUCUCAUCCGGGUCGGUGUGGCUGCUGUAAUCCUGCUAAUAGUGGGAGGCUUUCUGGUUGAAGCCUGGCACCGUGAGCGGCUGUCUCCAAAUAAACCCUGUGCCCCAGGAGAAAAAUGAAUCUUCAGACCAAAUUAUCUCUGUGAAUUUAUGUGAAACCUUGAUGCAGCUUUUUGGGAAUCAUCCAGGAACAGGCUGCCUCAUCCUGACUCUUCACACAGAACAGAGGCCUGGACAUAUCUGGACACACACACAUAUGACACACGAUACACGUAUGCAUGCAUGACCGGAGAGGGAAUCAGACAGAAGAGAGCAUUAGAUCCCAUUAUAGAUGGCUGUGAGCCAUACUGUGGUGGCUAAAAAUUGAACACAGAACCUUUGCCAGAGCAGCUCUUAACCACUGAGCCAUCUCACCAACCCACUACCAGGGCUGGUCUUUGUCAGGGUGUUCUAUCACAGCCUUAUAGAGAGUGAAACUUAAGAUGGGCCCUGCUUCUUGUUCCAUCCCAAGCUCCCUGCUUGAUGUGAAAAGCCUCCAGCAUCUGUUCCCACUACUAUGACCUCCACUGUGCCAUGAUGGAUUGAAACUGUGAAUACAAAUAAAAAUGUCCUCCCUUG